AGGGUACUUACUACCUAGUACAUACAUAUUCCUUUAUUAUUAAUCACAGAGUACAUUUGUUUAUAUAGAAAGUAUAAAUUGAAAGUAAAUAAUAUAGGUUAAUUCUAAUUUCUAUACUUAUUCUAUACUUUUGUGUAUUAUAAACGAGACAAGUUUACAUGCAACAAAAUCCAAAUCAUUCUACACUUGUGGUAAAUAUUUUCAUUCUUUACAUUUUUAUCUACAAAGCUUCAUUAGCUAUUUUAACACUAAUGUGUUGACAAUCUUGCCAUCACUCAGAAAUACCGCGAUUAAAGUUUGCUUAAUUAAAUGCAAAAAAUAUUUCUUUAUUUCAAGUGAAAGUAUUUUUCACUAAUCAGUUAAAAUAAAUAUUUUUGGAUUGUUUGUGUUUAUUUGCGCAUACUCAAUUAUGAUUUGGACAGUCAUUCCCGAAAUAUAAAUAUCACAAACCUGCCACCGUGUAAAGUGUAAACAGUUCAUCCGGAUUCCCACCUCGAAAUCAAAAUGAAAAUUACCGUGACCACGCUUAACGACGACAUCUUUAUUCUUGAUGUUUCUGAAGAACUGGAACUAGAAAACUUUAAGGCUUUCUGCGAAAUUGAAUCAGGAUUUCCCGCGAAAGAUAUCAGUCUAAAUUUUAAUGGUAAACCUUUACUUGACGACAAGAAGACCCUCAAAGAACUUGGCGUUAAUGAUGGGGACAUCAUUAUUUUAAUCCAUUUGGUACAAUCGGCUUCUAAUUUAAAUAAUCGCGAUGCCAACCAAGCAAUCCCAUCAAAUUUGGCAAAUCUAGACUUUAGUAGCAUUAGAGUCCCAUCAAGUGCGGGCACAUCAAUGGCUUCAAGAGCAACACCUGUAGAAGAGGAUCCUCGAGUUAUUAGAGAAAUGUUUUUGGCAAACCCAAAUGAGAUUGCCUUACUUAAACAAAACAACCCUGCCUUAGCUGAUGCUCUCUUAAGUGGAAAUCUUGACACAUUUGCUUCUGUUCUGCGUGAACAAAUAGCGGCAAGGACAGAACGCCAACAACAAAGAAUCAGAAUGAUGAACUCAGAUCCAUUUGAUACUGAAGCUCAACGGAUGAUUGCUGAAGAGAUAAGGCAAAAAAACAUAGAAGCAAAUAUGGAAGCUGCUAUGGAAUAUAAUCCCGAGACAUUUGGAACAGUUGUUAUGUUGUAUAUCAACUGCCAUGUAAAUGGAUUUCCAGUAAAAGCUUUCAUUGAUUCUGGCGCACAAACUACAAUAAUGUCCUCUGCUUGUGCUGAACGAUGCAAUAUAAUGCGCCUUGUUGACACAAGAUGGGCUGGCAUAGCGAAAGGUGUUGGUGUUCAAAGAAUUAUAGGACGUAUCCACAUGGUCCAAAUGAGAAUUGAAAAAGACUUUCUGACUACAUCAUUUUCUGUUUUAGAAGAACAGCCAAUGGAUAUGCUUCUAGGCCUUGAUAUGCUUAAGCGGCAUCAGUGUAAUAUAGAUUUGAAGAGGAAUGUACUUGUUAUUGGUACGACCGGUACUGAAACGCCGUUCCUCUCUGAAUCCGAACUACCAGAGUGUGCUCAAUUGGUUUCUGAAGACGAAAUUGUCAACCAAUCAUGUCGCGAUCAAAAGGACCGCGAAGGAAAGGAGGCAGCUGAGAAAUCCAAACAAGAAGCGAGACAAAUCCAAAGAUCGACUUCGAGUGGUUCGCCCUCAACUAGUACGAGAGUUGGUCUGGGUGAUCCAAGUCAAACGAUCCUGCCGACAGACACGUUUCGCGAGACUGAUGUUGAGGAAAUAGUUAACCUCGGUUUCACUAGACAGCAGGUUAUAGUUGAACUUCGUCGAUUCAACGGAGACAAAACACAAGCUACUGUCGCACUCUUCGCUAAAUCUCUCAAAUUUUGACCGACGUCACUUUUUAAAAUCAAAACCAUAAUUAAGACCUAUUUUAAAGGCUUCAGAAAACUGUGGUGUGUCCCCUUAUUACUUUUAGACUCUAUGCUUUGUAAUAAAAAAAAAAUAAUGCCUUUAAACUCACCGUUUUGUUUAGCUUACUUUGGUAAUUGGCCGGGGAUAAAGUUUAUAGAUCUGCUAUAUAUAUUUAUAGAUAUUUGCGUUUACUAUAAACGAAGUCAUAUUUUCUACUCUGUACUGAUGCCUGGGCGAGGUCUCCUCUUGUAAAGAAUUAAGUUCGGCAACGCAGAAAAUGUUUAUUUUAUUCAGAAACGAAAGAGUUGAGCAAUGCAUAUUUUUAUUUUUACUGUAAAAUGUUGAAAUGGUAAUAUAAUUGUACUGAUAUUCAACAGACACGUAACAGACAAAUAUAAUUAUUUUUCGUUUUGGAGCAUUUUUUUUAUAAAUGCUUGUAUUUUAAAAAGUUAUUUUAGAUAUUCUUAUCGUUUUAUCUCCCCGUGAUCAUCAUCGGGCCUUGGUUUAUAUUAUAUAAAGAAGAAUUUUUUACCGUUUUUUUACUGAUUUUUACAGAUUGUUAAUGCUAUUUAUUCUUAAUUGUAUAAGAACGAGAAAUUAGAUAUUCAACAUAAUUUGUGUUAGAGUUUUUAGGUUUUGGGUAUGCGAAGGCAUAAGGAUUUUAAAGUGAAAAAAAAAUCGCAUGACUUAGUAUAUAAGUUUUAAUAUUUUUAUUUUUUUUAAAUAUCAAGUCUCACAGAAAAAUGGUGUUAAGUUAAGUUUUAUAAUGCUUAUUUAAAAUUUGGCACUGCUUUAAUUUAAUAUUCGUCGUCUACAUUUUGAUUUUAAAAUAUCCUACAUUUUUUUUUAGUUUUAACAGUGACCAAAACAAUAAACAUUGUAAAACCAAUUUUACUGUAAUACUGUGCAAAGUAAUACCACUAGCUUAAGUUACUUCACUAAAUGUCAGGAGUUUCAUCAAAGUACAUAUUCUUUAUAUUUUUUAUGAAUAUAAAAAAGUGUUUAAUAUCACCAUGACCUCUUAACGUAACAACACUUUAUAAUUGUCAAGACUUAUUUUAAUAAAUAUUUGUUCAGCUAAAA